UACGUGGCCAAAUGUGUUUAUUUACGAUUGGUAAAUCAUGGAAUUAUAGGUGAAUGAGGUCCAAUUCUGAUCUAGAUCUAUAUAUAGGUUGUGAUGAAAACGAAGCUCUUCAAUGGGUAAAUUACAAUUUUCACUCGGUGGUUGUACAGCACAACAAACAUGGGAUCGCCCGGAUCGCUGACGUGUAUUUUCGUUUUCAGUUGUAUCAUUUUAGCGUCGUUUGGUGAUAGUAAUGAAGAUGACUAUUACCAGUCUGAAACUAAUAUCAGUGAUGUUAAUAAAAAUGCUGUAAUGCGCGCAAGAGUAGUUAGCUGCACAGGAUGACGGCUCAACAAACUUCCAGAGGUCAAGAGGUUCAUUAACAGGGAUCUCCCUCUUUUUCAUAAUGUUGAGUUUAAAGCUAAGCCUGGGGCCAACCCUGAGCUUCAAUUGUUAAAUGUGGAUGAUGAAAUUUUAGAAACAAUAGACCUAAGUCCAUUAGAUGAGACAGAAUGUAACGAUCUGCUACUCCGGAAAGGUUUUUACAAAAAGCCACAUUCUGUAGCCCAAGUCCCAGAUGAGUAUUUGAACGGGCCUUACAUAGAGAUUAAAGUUGAAGCCAAAAAUAGUAAAGUAGACUUAUAACUGUUAGAUAUAUUUGUAAAAAAUUUGUAAUGUUCAAUAUAUCAUUGCAAAGGAACCAAAAUCAGACAUACAAAGAAAAGUUUUUGUUUGUAAUAUUAUUCUUAACAUUAGAACAUUCACAUCAAACUGUUUUUUAAUAUUUUUUUUAAGGCUUUUUAAUUUCUCAUAGGAAAUGUUUGAAAUAUUGAUAUAUAUGUGUAUUUAAAGUUCAUACAGCAUUGUGUAAAUUUUACAAAUAAAAGUAUUUAAUUAACUAACGUUUGCUAUGGUGCUACAAUACUAGUUUACCAUUUAGUCUGGUCAGUUCAUAUGUAGGAUAGAUUAUGUUAGAAUGAAUUAUACAAGGCCCUCAGACAAAACAAAAUAUUUGAAUAUUCAGUGAAAUUAUUGUUACUUUUAUUGAGUGUAUACAUUAUACAUUUUUUUUUAUGUCCAAAUAAAAUGUGACUUCAUAUUUGGAAAUAUUUGCAUUAAUUUCUCUUGCAAAUGUGAAUCUUACAAAAGCAUUUAAAUAGUGCAAUAGUUAUGUAAUGAAUGUUCACUGCCAUUUCUUUUUAUUUUCUUUUAAAAUUUACUGGUAAGUCAUACUCUUUUUUUAAGCAAUUGUUUUACACCAAAAAUGAAAUAAAAAAUAUAACAACUGAUAUAAAACUUUAAUAUUGAUACUCAUAUUGAAACUGUUUGCUACAUAUCAUGGCACAAAUAUUUCUCAUAUAAUUUAUUAAGUGUGUCUGUUCAUUAGUCAUGUAUGAGUUAACAUGGUGCUAAGUUGUCACUGCUGAGAAAGUUAUUUUUUUUUUGUUAAAUGUCACUCAACCACUUUACUUCUGCUGAUGAAUGAACCAAUGGCAGAAGGAGAAGGAUUUUUAUGAAGUCAGUAGCUUAAAUUUAAUUGGUUGCUGGCUGAGUCUUUGAUUUCCUUUAGUCUGUCUUGAUUCAGUUCCUUCCCCUGAGGUAAUUUGGUUGACAGCAUACAUACAUGUUCCAUUUUUUUUUUUAUGUGAACUGUUGUACAAAUCAUAUUUAAUCUUGAUAUUGUUGGUAGUUGGGAGAGGUUUUCUUUUUUUUUGACAGUUUUUUUUUCUUUGAUUUAUUUAUUUAAUAUCACCAGCAUUCUUUUAAAGAUUUAUGUGAAUUGUGUUCUAAAAUGUUCCAAAUCAUAUUUUAAAUUUUGGUUUAUUUCAAAAUGUCCCUUAACAAAAUUUGGUGGUAAUUAACACUUCAUGUGAAUGUGAGCUUUCUUUUUUUUUGUAAUUUUUGCAUUUGAGAUGUUAACACAAGCUGGAUAAGGAAUUGAGUGUUACAAUUAGAGUUAUUGUGCUCUUUAUAAAAGAAAGAGCACCAUAUUUUUUAUGUAUUAAAAAACAACAACUUUAAUUAAGAUGCAGAAUUGUUUGCAGUUGUAAUGGCUCUUGAACUAUGUUGUUCUUUUAAGUUGUCUUGUCCUUUUGUAGAUUGAUUGAUGUUAUUGUUCACAAAUGAUUAAAUGAAGAAACUCUGUCA